GACUCCUAUUUGUGUAUAUAUCGUACAAUCUAUUCCUUUGGCCGAAGAGAUGCGCAUCAUAUACGCGUAGCAAACGGUAUCGUCCAUCUUUCCAUGCUUGUAUUCCUUAUUUUUCAACUACCUGUUGAGUAAUAGACUCGAUCCCACCGCUCGUUUAUCAGAAUCAAUGCUCGCAGACAUGGCACCUUCACUCUCUACGAUUGCCUCGUGGCGUACCCUCGCAAUCGUUUUCGCCCUGAUCAAUCUCAAAUCUCUCCCGCUGGCGUGGCACCUUCGCCUCGCCUACCGCUUCGUGCGCAACUCCUUCACUCCGGCAAAGGUCCAGCGUGCCAUCAAGGCUUCGGCCGAGUCCGACAAGAUGUACCCGCUCUUCGAAGACGUGUCCAUCUUUUCCAGGUCACCGCUGCUGGAGACGGACUACAAUCUCCACAAGAGCAACAGCACAUACUUUGCCGAUCUCGACGAGAGCAGGACGGCGCUGAUGACGAGGCUGCUGAUGCCGAACAGCGACCGGGGAAUCAAGGCGCUAGAGGACGAAGGACACACAGGCCGGUCCGCGGUCAUCCUGGGGAGCGUCCAUUCCUCCUUCCACCGUGAGAUCAAACCCUACGAACGCUACGAGGUGCGGUCGCGGGUGUUGGGUUGGGAUAAGAAAUGGAUCGUCGUCGUCAGUUAUUUCAUCCGGCCCGCCACAGGGGGAAAGGGGGAAGUGGUGCUCGCAUCUGCCCUGAGCAAAUACGUCGUCAAGAAAGGGAGGUUCACGGUGCCGCCGGAAAGGUGCCUCACGACCGCAGGCUGGUUGCCGGAAAAGCCAGAGACGUACCGAUCUGGGGCGGCGGGAGAACACAGAGAGAGCUCGGGACCCUCGGACACGCCGACGUUGGUGCCGGACUCGCUGGACUCAUCGACCGAGGAUUCUUCCGAGGUGGCCACGCCGGUGCCUCAAGGCUUGCCCGCACCCGUUCCUGCUCCGGCCGUCAAAGCCACUUCCGCAAUCGUGGUUCAACUCGAAGAGGUUGCAGAGAGAGUGACCCACGAGCUCACCGCCGGCGAGCCACUUAUGCCGUCGACCGAAAUCGACCACGCUGGGGAAUGGGAUUGGCAUCGGAUCGAAAUGGAGAGGAUCCGUGGACUGCGCAUUGCAUCCCACUGGCUGGCGCUGGACAAAGGUCUCUUGGAAGAAGCGAACCGCGAAUAGCGAGUGCGGCCUGGCAAGUGUCGGUGUACGAAGACGUUGCGGAUGAAGAUGAAGGUGCGCUCAUGCGAACAUGCAAUCAUCUAUUGUCAAGGCUUGGACCUGGACUGGACUGAGUCAUCAGGGGGUUGGAGGCAUUCGCCGUUUAUAUGUACAAACUAUUCAGGUAGAAUUCGAAUUAGCAGUGGCGUCGGGCGAAACAAGGAGCAGAGCAUCCAUGUGGUGUAGAAAAGGGUUUUUUUUAGUUCUAUACUGUCAAUACUAUGUUCUCAUGACCGG